CUGCGCCUGUGCAAUAUUCUUCUACCAGCAACUGCACCCGACCCGAGUCAUAACAAUCGUCUAAAUAAAUAAUUUUGACCAAAGGUAAACUGGUAAUUAAAACCAGCCUUUGCGUGGAUUCUUGGUUUUCUCGAUAACCAAACAAAAAGGCUAAAUAGUCUGAAGACAUGUUUUGGACAUUAUAAAUUCAUGGAGGAUAACACGGUUAUCAAUAUCCACCCUGCCGAAGAUUCGGUGAAAAUGGGCGAUUUUGUACCGAGGAGGUUUUUUUUGCCCAAAAUAUAGGGAAUGAUUCAACUGGCCGAAAAGGACGAACAGUAUCGCAUUUCCCGAAACGUGAAGUGACACCCUCACUCCCACGUUGGAUACUAGCUAGUCAGCUACGCCACUGUCCACAUAUUGCUAGUUAGUUCACCACUACUCCAACCAUCUUCCGAUUCGGAUCGAUCCGCUACGGCUAGUAACAUCACCAGCUCGGCUGCUAGCUAGCUACUACUAGCUUGCCAAAUUAGUUAGGGUAACAUUUGUUGCCACCAACAACGUCAGUUCGGAACUUGGAAAAAUGUCCAUCUGCCAAAGUAACGCAAGCUUGUUAGUUAGCGUUUGAAGUGUCUUUGGGUUCGUGCAUUUUGAGCUUUUUUUAAACUCUCGGUGUCCCGAAAGAGCAAGCCUGCUAGCUAACGAUAACGACUUGCUUCGGCAGCUGGAGACGGCUAGCUAGCAGCUAUCAACAUCUGUACACUGCCGAUGCAAUGGUCGCAUUGUUAACUGUUUUGGUAGAGGAAUGCUCAUUUGGUGGAUAUUCUGAGGCAGCGGGCCGCACAGAAUAUUGCACCUCUCAGUUCCAACCACAGGCCACACUAUAUACUGCUUUGAUGUGAGAAGUGGCGGUGAACACACAACGCUCACUGGCUGCAAGAUAGCGCACGAAGACCGGCAGCUGAAGCCAUGCAAGCGGCCCAGGUUCAGUACGACUUUUUCAGCGAGGAGAACGCACCGAAAUGGCGGGGGCUGUUGGUACCCUCCCUGAACAAGGUGCUGAGCCAGGUACAUCCCAAAUUGUCAUCCCAGGAGGAUGCACUGCAGUACAUUGAGGAGCUGAUCCUACUGCUGCUCAGCAUGCUCUGCCAGGCACAGCCACGCAGCGUGCAGGAUGUGGAGAUCACGUUUGGAAGCAGAAAAACAGAGCGAGUGCAGAAGAGUUUCCCUCACCCUAUCGAUAAGUGGGCUAUCGCCGACGCGCAGGCAGCCAUCGAAAAGAGGAAGAGGAGGAAUCCUUUGGCCCUGCCAGUGGAUAAGAUCCACCCGCUGCUCAAGGAGGUACUAGGGUACAAGAUUGACCACCAGGUGUCGGUGUACAUCGUGGCAGUGUUGGAGUACAUCUCAGCAGACAUCCUGAAGCUGGCAGGGAACUACGUGAGGAACAUCCGCCACUACGAGAUCUCCCAGCAGGACAUCACCGUGGCCAUGUGUGCCGAUAAGGUUCUGAUGGACAUGUUCCACCAGGAUGAGGAGGACAUCAGCGGUUUCCCCCUGAUGGACGAGGAGCCGUCCACCAGCGAGGAGCAGACCUACUACGACCUGGUCAAGACCUUCAUGGCCGAGGUCCGACAGUACCUGCGCGACCUCAACCUCAUCAUCAAGGUGUUCCGCGAGCCAAUCGCCUCUGACGCCAAGCUCUUCUCCCACCAUGAUGUGGAGAACAUCUUCAGCCGCAUCGUGGACAUCCACGAAGUCACCCUCAAGCUGCUGGGCCUCAUUGAAGACACGGUGGAGAUGACAGAUGAGGGGAGCCCACACCCGCUGGUGGGCAGCUGCUUCGAAGACCUGGCCGAGGAGCUGGCCUUCGACCCCUAUGAGACAUAUGCUCAAGACAUCCUACGGACUGGCUUCCACGAUCACUUCCUCAGCCAGCUGUCUAAGCCGGGAGCUGCCUUCUACCUCCAGUCUAUAUGCGAAGGCUUUAAGGAAGCAGUCCAGUACGUCCUGCCCCGUUUACUCCUGACACCUGUCUAUCAUUGUCUCCACUAUUUUGAGAUCUUAAAGCAACUGGAGGAGAAAAGUGAGGACGAGGAGGACAAGGAGUGUCUGAAGCAGGCCAUCACUGCGCUGCUCAAUCUGCAGAGUAGCAUGGAGAGGAUCUGCUCCAAGAACAUGGCCAAGAGGAGGCUGAGCGAGUCGGCCUGCCGCUUCUACAGCCAGCAGAUGAAGGGCAAGCACCUGGCCAUCAAGAAGAUGAACGAGAUCCAGAAGAACAUUGAUGGCUGGGAGGGCAAGGACAUCGGCCAGUGCUGCAACGAGUUCAUCAUGGAGGGGACGCUGACACGCGUGGGCGCCAAACACGAACGGCACAUCUUCCUCUUCGACGGCCUGAUGAUCUGCUGCAAGUCCAACCACGGCCAGCCGCGCUUGCCUGGCGCCUCGUCCACCGCCGAGUACCGCCUCAAGGAGAAGUUCUUCAUGCGCAAGGUGCAGAUCAACGACAAGGACGACAAGGAGGGCGAGUACCGGCACGCCUUUGAGAUCAUCCUCAAAGACGGCAACAGCGUGGUGUUCGCCGCCAAGUCGGCCGAGGACAAGAAUGGCUGGAUGGCGGCGCUCAUCUCGCUGCAGUACCGCUCGACGUUGGAGCGCAUGCUGGACUCGGCCAUGCUGCAGGAGGAGAAGGAGGAGCAAAUGAGGCUGCCCGGGGCGGAGCUUUACCGGUUCGCCACGCCCGACUCUGAGGAGAACGUGGUGUUCGAGGAGAACGUGCAGUCCAAGUCGGGCAUCCCUAUCAUCAAGGCGGGGACAGUGCUCAAGCUCAUCGAAAGGCUCACCUUCCACAUGUAUGCAGAUCCAAAUUUUGUCCGAACAUUUCUAACAACCUACAGGUCCUUCUGCAAACCUCAGGAGCUGCUGGGUCUUCUUAUGGAGAGGUUUGAAAUCCCAGAGCCAAAGCCCACAGAGGCAGACCAGAUGGCCAUAGAGAACGGAGACCAACCUCUCAGCGCCGAACUCAAACGAUUUCGCAAGGAGUUUGUCCAGCCAGUCCAACUCCGAGUACUGAAUGUAUGUCGCCACUGGGUGGAGCACCACUUCUAUGACUUUGAGCGGGACUGCCAGUUACUGAAGCGUCUGGAGGAGUUCAUUGCAUUGGUGCGAGGCAAGGCCAUGAAGAAGUGGGUGGAGUCCAUCACCAAGAUCAUCCAGAGGAAGAAGCAGGCACAGGCCAACGGGCCCAGCCACAACAUCACCUUCGAGACCUCGCCGCCACCCAUCGAGUGGCACCUCAGUAAGCCGGGCCAGACAGACCAGUUUGACCUCAUGACCCUCCACCCAAUUGAGAUCGCCCGGCAGCUCACACUGCUCGAAUCCGACUUCUACAGGGCGGUGCAGCCAUCAGAGCUGGUGGGCAGCGUGUGGACGAAGGAGGACAAGGAGCUGAACUCUCCCAACCUUCUGCGCAUGAUCCGCCACACCACCAACCUCACGUUGUGGUUCGAAAAGUGUAUCGUAGAGACGGAGAACCUGGAAGAGCGGGCAGCGGUGGUGGCGCGUAUCAUCGAGAUCCUGCAGGUGUUCCAGGAGCUCAACAACUUCAAUGGCGUGCUGGAGGUGGUCAGCGCCAUGAACUCUUCGCCUGUAUACCGGCUAGACCACACCUUCGAGCAAAUUCCAAGCCGACAGCGGAAGAUUCUGGAGGAGGCCCACGAACUGAGCGAGGACCACUACAAGAAGUACCUGGCAAAACUACGCUCCAUCAACCCCCCCUGUGUCCCCUUCUUUGGGAUCUACUUGACGAACAUCCUGAAGACGGAGGAAGGCAACCCUGACUUCCUGAAGAGGCAUGGCAAGGAGCUGAUCAACUUCAGCAAGCGACGGAAAGUGGCCGAGAUCACCGGGGAGAUCCAGCAGUACCAGAACCAGCCCUACUGCUUACGGGUGGAGAGCGAUAUCCGGAAGUUCUUUGAAAACCUCAAUCCAAUGGAGGACAAGGCAGAGAAGGAGUUUGCUGACUAUCUGUUCAACAAGUCGCUGGAGAUCGAGCCUCGGAAUGCCCGGUCGUUGCCUCGAUUUGUGGGGCGGCGUCCGAGCGCCCUCUAUGGACGCAACGCCCCUGCUAUUAAGCCCAAGAAGUACAACUGCCCGCUCAAGUCGCCCGGCGUGCGCCCGUCCUCGGUGCGCCCGGGCACCAUGCGCCACCCGACGCCACUGCAGAACGAGCCACGCAAGAUCAGCUACAGCCGCAUCCCUGACAGCGAGAUGGAGAGUGCUGCCUCUGCGCCCAACUCGCCGCGCACGCCCCUCACGCCGCCGCCGGCCUCAGCCGCCUCCAGCUCCACCGACAUUGGCAGCGUGUUCGACUCGCCCCAGGGCCCCUCCAGCCCCUUCCACUCCAGGUCCUCUUCAGUUUCCUCCAUGGUGAGUCUCCAUAGGAGCACUGAAGACGCCACCGUCCCCCCGCCUGUGCCCCCUCGCAGACGCCCUGAAUCCGCCCCCGCUGAAUCUUCCCCUUCGAAGAUGAUGUCCAAGCACUUGGACAGCCCCCCCGCCAUCCCUCCGCGGCAGCCCACCACCACCAAGGUCUACUCGCCACGCUACUCGCUCUCGACCGAGCGUACCUCCUUAUCGGAGCCGCCUGACAGCCCACCCACACUGCCACCACGGGAGCCCGUGAGAACGCCGGACGUCUUCUCCAGCUCCAACAGCCCCCUGCACCUGCAGCCACCCCCUCAAGGCCGCAUCCGCAGCAGCGAACCCACGCUGAGCCAGACCUUCUUCCCUCCCUCGCCGUUCGGCCCACUCACCCCGCCACCACCCCCGACUCCCUCGCCCUCGCUGGGGCCGCGCAAGCACCUGCCCUCCCCGCCCUUACCACUGCUGGGGCCCGGCGGCCCAGACUGCUGCGGCGACUCAGCCCUCCUCCCUCCGGGGGGUGCAGCUGGCCCCCCUGUGCCCCCCCGCCAGAGCACCAGCAGCGCUGCUGCCCAAGCCAUCCCCAAGCUCCCCCCCAAAACGUACAAAAGGGAGUCGGUGUCAUACCCGUCCCUUGCGCAUCGAGACGGCCCGCCCCUGCUGGAGAAUGCCAACCCCUUUUAAAAAGACUUGUGUAUGUGAUCUGGGGGAAAUUAUUGAACACUAAAGACUUGGACAAAAAACAACAUUAAUUGUGAUGUUGAUUUUGAGAAGAAAAAAGACAAUACCAGUGUAGAUUCUUAGCUACCUGGAAAAAUAAUCAUGUGCCCUUAUAAAAAAAAAUACUUAAACGAAAGAUGAUUGUCCUUUUUCAUUCGUGCAGACCAUUUGGAGAUUCUCUAUAAAAAUCAUUUCGUGGGGGGGGGGGGUCUUACUGUUUUGUUUUUGUUGUAUGUGUUUGUAUGUACAGUAUGUCGUUUGUCAUCGUCCAAUGUUUAUUUCAUUUGUAUUUUUUAAGUGAAUUGAUUGCAGCAUUACUUGUCUAUGAGCUCGGUGGCCUACCCAUGAACAUGGCUUGAACCGUAGUAAACCAUGAACCAGGACCACACAAGUCCACCGCACGCUGGAGGACGGAACGAUAAAGACUGCCGCCAAGUUUGAACAGACUCCAGGAGAACUCCACAAACUUAAUAGUGUUUUAACUCCCUGUGUAUGGGCUAAACGAUCUACUAAAGUGGCUCAUAUUGACCAGAGACGGACCAGAGAGGACUCUAGCUAUCACGGUGUUGCAAACCCAUUCAACUCGCCCAUAACAAAUAUCUGUUGUUCAAUCCACCUCACUCAGAUGGAAAAAGGGACUUGGGAAAUCAUGUUAGAUAGGUUUUAAGGCUUUGUGUAGAGACAUAGUCCGGAGCGAGCUUCUUUUUUUUUUUUUUGUGCCAGUAGAUCGACCAGAGUACCAUGAUUUAAGGCAGGGGUUCCCAACCUCGGUCCUGGGUGCGUGUUUAGUUGUUUUUGCCCCAGCACUACACAGUUGAUUCAAAUAAACAAAGCUUGAUGAGUUUGUUAAUUGAAUCAGAUGUGUAGUGCUAGGGCAAAAAAACUAAAUGUGGGGGGUCCAGGACUGAGUUUGGAAAACCCUGACUUAAGGUACCCAUCCACACCAAAGAGGUACUUUUCAAGAAACACAAGAAGUGAUUGUUCUUAAGUUUGUGUUAGUACUUUUAUGUUCUGAUUCAUUUCUGCCAAUGAGUAUGUAAAGAUAAUUACGAUUUGACUUCUUUAAACAAGGGAAUAAAAGUGUUUCUACCACUCUA